UUUAGUAACGGCACUUAAUCCACAUAUUGGUUAUGAUAAAGCAGCACAAAUUGCUAAGAAAGCACAUAAAGAUGGAACAACAUUACGUGAAGCUGCAUUCGCUUUAGGACAUGUAACCGAAGAACAAUUUGAAAAAUGGGUUAAUCCAAAAGAUAUGGUUUAA